CUUCUGCUUGCCGGCUUUUCAAGUCAGGGCUUGAAAGAGCAAACAAAACCGGGGGACGAUGCGGAAAGACCCGGCCGGAAAUCGUGGUCUCCAUAGAGACGCUAUCGGAAGUUGGGGUUGCUAGGAGGCCUGGGCGCGUCAGCUAAUCUGCGUCAUGGCUGAAGUCCCAGAAGAUUAUGAUUCCGACCACGAUGAAGGAGAUCUGGCGUCUGAGAGACCAGAACUGCCUGGACCUCUCAAAAUGGCUGAAGAUGCCGAACCAGACACCACGGCAGAGGCAGGCCCGGAGCUACCUGAAGAAAUUGACCAAGAGCCACAGCCGGAGAUGGAGGAAGAGGACUCCCAAGAGGAGGCGCCAGAGAAUGCUGAGAAUGUACACCCACACCUAAAACCAGCCAGGACGUCGGAGGAAGAGAUUCCCGAGGAGUCCGAGAUAGACCUUUCUAGCAAGACCGAGCCAGGGAUUCCCCAAGAGGUAAAGUCAGAGACAUCCGGAGAGAUGAGAGGAGAGCUUUUCAACGAUUUGGAGGUCUCUAUGGAUGAAAAGCCUGAGGAACCAGACCUGGAACCACUAGAGGAUGCUAAACCAGAUGUUACAGAGGAUAUACUCAUGGAGUCAGCUAAAGAAACACAUCUAGAAAAGGAAACGGAGUCUGAGGUUUCAGGGGCCACAAUCAGUGAGACAAGGUUAGAGUUAGUAGAAGAGACCAAACCAGAAGUUCUGGAGGAAUCAUUUAGAGAGCAAUAUAAAGAAGUAAAUCUAGACUCUCUAGAGCAGAGCAAACCUGAAUUUCUAAGUGAGAAACCAAGAAAAUCAAUUGAAGAGGCAGAUCUACAGCCACCAAAGAUGACCACACUAGAGAUUCCAGAGGAGACACAAAGAGAGUCACCUGAAGAGAAAAAGAUUGAGCCAUCUGAGCAGACUAAACCAGAUUUUCCAAAGGAAAAACCAAGAAAGUCUACGGAGGAGGCAGGUCUAGCACCUCCAGAAGAGACACAAAGAAAAUCAACUGAGGAGAAAGGGGUAGAGCCAUCUGAGCAGACUAAACCAGAGUUUUCAGACCAGAAACCAAGUAAGUCUACUGAGGAAACACGAAGAAAGUCAACUGAGGAGAAAGUUCCAGAGCCAUUAGAAGAGAUCAAAUCAGAAUUUUCUGAGGAAAAAACAAGAAAACCAAUUGAGGAAAUGGGUCUAGAGCCAUCAGGAAAGACCAAAGCAGACAUUCAAGAGGAGACACAAAGAAAUUCAACUAUGGAGAAAGUUCUAGAGCCACCAGAGGACACUAAACCAACAGAUCAGAAAGAUAAGCAGAGAAAAUCAACUGAGGAGACAAGACUAGCACCACCACAGAAGACCAAAUCAGAGGAGACACUAAGAGAGUCAACUGAAGAGAAAGGUCUAGAGCCACCAGAACAGACUAAACCAGAGUUUCCAAGGAAAAAAAAAACAAAAUCAACUGAGGAAAUGGGUCAAGUGCUACCACAGAAGACCAAAUCAGAGGUUCAAGAGAAGACACAAACAGAACCAACUAAGGAGAAAGAUCUAGAGUUACCAGAUAAAGCCAAACUACUACUUAGAAGAGAAACAUAUGUAGAAUUUGGCAAAGAAGAUGGGCCAGAACCAAUCAAAUUUAAGCAUUCUGUAGACAAGGGUGAUCAGGAGCACUCCAACUAUCAAACAAGAAAGUUGUCAGUAAAAGAAACUGAAAAUGUUACAAGAGAUUCUGUGUUAGGGUCUCUUACAGUGAGUGAAGUAGACUCAGUGAGUACAGAUUAUGAGUUUUCUCAAGAGCCCCAGAAACUGUUUGAACUUACUGAUACCAAUAAUGACUUAUACUCAGAUCCCUCAGAAUCCCAGAGGGAGUUAAGAGAGUCCUUUAGUGAAAAGAAAGUUGUAGAUUUGUCCCCAGAGUUGAAGAAACUGGAACCUAAAGACAAAGAAACCCAGCCAAAAGGAAGUAUUGAGCUACAAUUUGAGUAUCUUAACUGGAGCCCAGAGGAAGUUGCAGAGUGGAUUAGCCAGCUAGGCUUCCCUCAAUACAAGGAGUGUUUUACCACAAACUUCAUCAGUGGCCGAAAACUCAUCCAUGUAAACUGCUCAAACCUCCCUCAGAUGGGGAUAACAGAUUUUGAGGACAUGAAGGUAAUUUCUCAGCAUACUCGGGAGCUACUGGGCAUUGAAGAGCCAUUAUUCAGACGCAGCAUCAGCCUUCCCUAUAGGGACACUAUCGGCUUAUUUUUAGAGCAGAAAGGUCAUACCGGGGUAAAAUCUGAUGCCUUGACCUUCUCUGAAUUUGUGCAAGCAGCAGGAUUACAGGAUUAUGCUCCACAAAUAACUGCCCCUGAAGAGAAUGAAGCAUUAUAUUACUCUGAACCAUAGGGAAAAGCCAUUUCACUUAGCUUGAAAGAUCAAACUAAAUUAGUUGGGGGAAGAAGUGUGGUCUUUUUGGAUUUUCUUCUUCUCUUCUUCAUUAAGGAUCAGAGUGAGAACUGCUGGUUCCAUUCCUAGUUCUCCCACCGAGUCACAGCACCUUCCCUUUAUUUGUGUAUCAAUUUAGCCCCUUGUUGAAACAAACAUAGCAAUAUUUCUGUUUCUGGGUAAUUGUAAGAAUUCCUGAUAAAUUCUAAUAAUGUAUCUGGUAAUAGGAACAUGUUGGGGAAAUAGAAUUAAAAGCAAAAUCUCCUGCCAACCCAGAUAAUCCUCUCCACAAUGUAGAAAUGUAGAAAAAGAAACAGUUUUAUUAUUGAAUCCGUAUUAAAUCAGACUGUGAUGCACAUCACAGGUAAGCCACUGAAGAGUUGCAAAGACAAGGAAGUCUCACCCUUUUAUUUAGCCAGGCAGAUACAAUCCAUUACCUGUGAGUUAACUGUCUGUAUCCAAAGGAAAAAUAGAACUUCUCCAUAUCUUUAUAACAAACAGGAAGUGACUACUUGGAGCAGGGCACUUGGGCUAAACUCCCACAGAGUCAGGGAGACAAGGUGCCCUCCUCCUCCAUGCUCCCAUUUCAAAGAGAUAGCUCCAAGGCCCCCAAAACACAGUCCUGGGAUGUUAAAAUGGCAGAAGGCUUAUUCAGUUUUUUAAAAAAGUUACAUAAAUCUCAAAAACAGAGAAAAAGGAUUUAAAUUACAAGUUUUCUAAAGGAAAUGUUUUAAGAAAAAGGAGGGGGAAGUUCUUUUUCUCUUUUGGCAUUAGAAAAAAAAUUUUUAAAUAUAUGUUUUUCAAUUGGUAUUUUUCCUUACAAACAACAUGGCUUAUAGAAGUACCAUUGACCAUAGGCUUUUUUAUGUGGUCCCUUCCAGACCUUUAUAAAAUGAAAUUCAGGCCAGAGUCUACCCAUGACUGGACUGCUCGAAAGAAAUUACUGUUGACCUAAAUAAAGAGACAGCCAAUUAUUUCUCCCCCAAAAAUGGAUUUAUUUGGGAUCAGCAAAGAAUUGCAAUUCAGGGUCUGCAACCAUGGGGAGCUACGUGCAAGUACCAAGCAGCAAGGGGAAGAGCUAACCCUUUUAUAGAGGGGAAGAGGAAUUUGGGAGGACGAUUAUAAAAGAAGUACACUGGAGGAAUUGAAAGUUGGAAGUGUAGUGGUUUUUCAUUGGCUGAGUUGUGACAGUCUCUCAUUGGCUGAGCUUCUUGCCAGUCAAGAAGAGGAAGUCUUUCUUCUUCCUGUUGGGCUCUGCUAUCAAAGU